UAUUCACAUAAAGUGAAGUAAUUGUUCACUACCCAAAAUGGACCAAUAUUCGUGAAUAUACAUGGUUUUUCACGAACGUUGGAUCGACUUUAUUCAUAGUUCAUAAUUUACUAUUCAAAACUAUCACAUAAGUUGCUCAUCGCCUCAACAUAUAUUACUAAAAUGACCCAUUUUGGAGAUAUUUAUUGGGCCUACAGUGUGAUUUGCAACUGAACAAUUUGAUAAUAUUAUUUUUGGUUCUAAAGAAAAGAAAUUAUUUCAAGAUUAUACGGCUGUAAUUGAAUUUUGCAACUGAAUUGAGAUAAAAAAUAUCGUCUGAAAGAACGUUUCUUUCUCUUUCAUAUGAUUCGAAAAGUGUAUAGCAUAUUUUCGUGUACUUUAUCGCAUUGUAUGUUAGUCGUUUGUUGUUCUUUACUAGAAAAACAACAUCUAGAAUAUUCACACAGGCUUACACCAACUCAAAACGACACAGUCUACGUGUUGUUCACAAGUUUUGCUUUGCAAAAUCGUGCAUCAGUGAUUUUUGAUUCGAAAUCGAAAAUUAAAAAACGAAAUAAUGAAAACAACAAUGUUUCACCAACAAGUUCAUCACAGUCAUUGGCCAAUGAUUGCUAUCCUAGUUGUUCUGUUCAAUUUUACAUUGAGUGCUGAUGAGAAACCGAUAUUUGCACCGAGAAUUCGUUUGAACGAUGGAAACUCGAUUCCAGUAUUAGGUCUUGGUACAAGCAGGGCCAAGCAAUUCGAAUGUGAACAAGCUGUUAAAGAUGCAAUUGACAUUGGCUAUCGUCACAUUGACACUGCAUACGUCUACGAAAACGAAAAAGAAGUUGGAAACGCGAUUCGAGCCAAAAUUUCCGAAGGUGUGAUCAAACGUGAAGACAUUUUUGUCACAACAAAGUUGUCGAGCACCUUCCACGAACCGGAUAGUGUGGCAAAAGCAUUUGAAAAAUCAUUGGACAAUUUGAAUAUCACUUAUAUUGAUUUAUAUCUUAUGCACACUCCAAUGGCCUUUGCGCGAAUUAGCAAAGUAACCAAUAUGACAACUCAAGACUUUGAUAACAUUUUUCCAUUUCCACAUGAUUCAAAUGGUAAAUAUUUGACUGUUGACAUCGACUACUUGGACACUUGGAAAGCAAUGGAAGAGCUUAUGAAAACAGGAAAAGUACGUAGUUUGGGCGUUUCGAAUUUCAACAGUCAACAAUUGGAUCGUGUAAUUUCGGUGGCUAAAAUUAAACCAGUUGUGAAUCAAAUUGAAUGUCAUCCAAAUUUAAAUCAGAAGAAACUCAUUGAAUUUGCAAGAUCUAGAAACGUUACAAUUGUGGGAUAUUCACCGCUAGGUAGGCCGUCUGACAGUGGCGAUCGCCAAAUUGCACUAAAAAAUGCAAAAGUUCAAGAAAUGGCCACUGAAUACAAGAAAAAUCCAGGACAAAUUUUGCUACGGUAUUCAUAUCAGAAUGGUGUCGUUUCCAUCCCAAAAUCAACGAAUAAAGAACGACUUCGUGGUAAUAUUGAUAUUUUUGACUUUAGCUUGAACGAUAAAGACAUGGAAUUUUUGGAUAGUCUUAAUGAUAACACACGUGUGAUUUCAUUCGCCGAUGGCAAAGACAGCAAAUAUUAUCCAUUUAAUAUUGAAUUUUAAAGUGAAAUAAAAGAAAUCAACGAUUUUUAUCACAUUUUAUUUUUAUUUUAUGUUACGUAAUACAAU